AUGAAGCCCAUUGCCUUGGCCCUCUUUCUUGCUGCUGUCGCCGCUGUGGCGGCCGCCGAUGGCUUCCGUGUCGACCUCAUCCAUCGUGACUCGCCCCGGUCCCCUCUGUAUGAUCCUUCAUCGACCUUCUACGACCGCGUGAGAGCAGCGGCCAAGCGCUCCGCCCUCCGCCCAUCGCGCGUUGGACGUGCUGGUGCUGGCCUCACCGCUUCCGGUGGAUCCUCCAUCGAGGCCCCUGUCGUUCCCGACUCCGCUGAGUACCUCAUGGAGGUCGAGCUCGGUACCCCCAAGUUUAAGGUCAUCGCCAUCGUCGACACCGGCAGCGACCUCAUCUGGGCCAACUGCAAGCCUUGCACUGAAUGCUACGAGCAGACACCGCCGCUCUUCGACCCCAAGGAUUCUUCCACCUACCUCGACCUCGCAUGCGAUUCGCAGCAGUGCGACGAGCUUCCCGUGUCGGGCUGCAGCAGCGACUCCAAGUGCCAGUACCAGUACUCCUACGGAGACCAAUCGCAGGUCGUCGGCAAUCUGGCGAGCGAGACGUUCACCUUCGCCACCACCGGCUCGGAAACGAUCUCCAUCCGCAAGAUCACCUUCGGGUGCUCUCAUCAGAGCAGCGGCACCUUCAGCAACAGGACCGGUGGGCUCGUGGGACUUGCUGCCGGGCAGCUCUCCCUCGUCUCCCAGCUCGGUUCCGCCAUCUACGCCAAGUUCUCCUACUGCUUGGUUCCCUUUUCGCAGACGUCCGCCACCAGCAAGCUAGUUUUCGGCGAUGGUCCCGCCCUCUCCGGAAGGAACGUCUUGUCCACGCCCCUCACCGUACAAGAAUCUUUCUACUAUCUAACUCUCAACGGGAUCAGCGUCGGCAACACAAAUAUCUCGGCGACCUCUCCAACUGCUUCCGGAUCACCAAACAUUAUCAUCGAUUCCGGCACGACACUGAACAUUCUUUCCCCCGACGUGGUAGGCGAACUGGCAAAAGCAGUGAAAGACGUAGUGGAUCUCCCGGUCCCCAACGACCCCGACCUUUCCUCCUUCGCAGCGUGCUUCGACGUCAGUGGUUCUCGCGACUACAGGUUUCCGGACAUCACCUACAACUUCGAAGGGGCACCAUUGAAGCUGAGCCCGAUGAACACCUUCAUAGAGGUUGCGCCGGACGUGGUGUGCCUGGCGGUGUAUAGCUCCUCUGAUGUCCAGAUCUUCGGUAACGUUGCGCAGCAGAACCUUCAUGUUGAGUACAAUCUGGGGACGAGCCAGCUCUCCUUCGCUCAUGUCGACUGCACCGACUUCUAA